CUCAUUGGCGUACCAAACAUGGCGUACAGUCCUGCCCGAGUGUUCGCUUCUCUCGGAGAUGUAAACAUGGAAGAAAGCGGAUUAGAGUUGAAGUCCGGGGGUAAAGCGGCUUGUCCCCGCUGUCGUGGUGCUGUAAGGCAGGUGGAAGUGACCGGCAGUGCUGAGCUGAGUGUUGUACCGGACCGGGCUGUGGUUGCAGUGUCGGUUGCUCACAGUAAAGAGAGAGUUACAGACUGUAGUAGCAGCGUAACCCGCAGACUGGAUUAUAUCCUCCAAACACUCAGACAACAUGCAGUCAAGGAAGAUGAAAUCACUGUGAUGAAACACGUCCAACGAGAGGGAGACCUUUACCGUGUGCAGGCUGAAGUGAGCGUUACGUUUUCAGACUUUCAGAAGAUGCAGAAUGUUCGCUCGGUACUGAUUGAAAAGCUGGAUAAAACCGUGCAUGUGGGGGAUCCCAGUUACUCCCACAGUUCAGAAUGCCUCAGUCUGUUAAGGUCUGACCCUCUCCAAAAACAUCUGAAUGUCUUCAGCCUGCACCAGGACAUUAACAGCAGAAGACGUGUUUGUGCCGCGGCUGUGGAAACCGCUCGACUCAAAGCCAGCGAGGUGUGUAACAUGCUCGGACAAGCUCUCGGACGACCCUUACUGGUGCGGGAGGAAGAGUCACGCGAGUGGAGGUCUGACCAGCGAGAGGGCGUGGCUACACAACUGACACAGAGGCAGAACGUGGGUCAGAUGUCAAUAACAGCCUCAUCACACGUGUUUGUGAGGUUCGAGCUACGGCCUAAAGACAACACGAGGAAGAGGUUAUGAAGGACAGGGCACGAUUUGUGGAAAUGGUAUUCUGGUGACCGGCUUGUACUGUCACCGGCAGCCUGACAGUCGAAUAGUGUACACUCAGAUCUACAGUAACAGAUUAAAAACAGCCUGAAUAACUCAGAUAAAAGAACUAAUAUCUGCAACAAAUAGAAUGGUAAACACAAAGUGAAAAUAAACUUUCCAGAGAACCAGAGAAA